CCUUGACGGAACAAAGUCCUGUCAUAAAGCAAGCAGUUAUGCACUUGCAUAAAUAGCCCUCCCGUUCCAUUAGUCCUUUCUGUGGGACAGGAGUAAGUGGCAGAAGCAAAGAUGGUGUUCACUCAGUGGCUUCUUCUGUUGGCAUUACAAUUCCUAUGUGGGGCGACGGGUACCAUGGUAAAGCUCAACAGCGGUGGGUUUGAAGACAUUGUCAUUGCAAUCAAUCCUGCAGUAGCUGAAGACAACAAAAUUGUUGACAACAUAAAGGAUAUGCUUAAAGAGGCAUCUGCUUACCUCUUCAAUGCCACAGAACAAAGAUUUUAUUUCAAGUCUGUAAAAGUUAUAAUUCCUUUGAAAUGGGCAACAAAAAUUGAAUAUGGAAGAGUAGCUACAGAAUCCUAUGACAAGGCAGAUGUCAUAGUGGCAGAACCUUACCUGAAAUAUGGAGAUGAUCCCUACACCCUACAGUAUGGCGGAUGUGGGGAAUCUGGGCGAUACAUUCAUUUCACUCCUAAUUUCCUGACAAAUGACAGUUUGCAUGCUGUUUAUGGAUCACGAGGCAGAGUGUUUGUUCAUGAAUGGGCUCAUCUCAGAUGGGGAGUCUUUGAUGAAUAUAACAAUGAUUCACCUUUCUAUACUACUGGGAUAAAGCAAGCUGAAGCAACAAGAUGCUCUGCUGGUGUCACUGGUCAAUAUAGAUUCCCAAUUAGCCCAGGAAAAACAAGAAAAUGCAAAGUUGAAAGCCGAACUCAGCUGUAUGAAGCUGGAUGCCAGUUCAUUCCAGACAAAAUGCAGACUGCUCAAGCAUCUAUAAUGUACAUGCAAAGUCUCUCUUCAGUUACUCAGUUCUGUAAUGAAAGCAACCAUAACAUUAAAGCAACAAAUAUGCAGAAUAAACUGUGCAACUACAGGAGCACCUGGGAAGUAAUUAAGAAUUCUCCUGACUUUAAGAGUUCAACUCCAAUAAAUGCCCCUCCACCUGAUCCCACUAUCUCCUUGCUGCAAACAGGAGACAGAGUUUUGUGCCUAGUACUUGAUGUUUCUGGAAGUAUGACUUUGAGCAAUCGCAUCAACCGACUGAAGCAAGCAGCAGAAAUAUUCCUCCUACAGAUUAUUGAAGCAGGAUCCUGGGUUGGAAUUGUCACAUUCAAUGAUUUAGCAGAAAUUAAGUCUGAUUUGCAACUGAUCAGCAAUGACAGUGUGCGCCAAAAUCUUACAGCCUUACUUCCUACCACAGCUGGUGGAGGAACGACCAUAUGUCUUGGAGUGCGAACAGGAUUUCAGGUGAUUUUAAAAAAGUAUCCAAAUACCAAAGGCUCUGAAAUCGUGCUCUUGACAGAUGGAGAAGAUGGCGGUAUAAGCUCUUGCUUUAGUGAUGUUGAAAAUAGUGGGUCCAUAAUUCACAUAAUUGCUUUGGGACCAAAUGCUGCAAGAGAACUAGAAAUGUUGGCAGAUAUGACAGGAGGUUUGAAAUUUUCUGCCACUGACAGGUUGGAUUCCAAUGGCCUCAUACUUGCUUUCACUGGAAUUUCUUCAGGAAGUGGAGAUAUCAGUCAACAAUCAAUUCAGCUUGAAAGUAAAAGUCAUAGCGUCGGUUCUGGAAGGUGGUUUGAUGGUAUUGUAACAAUUGAUAAAACAGUGGGAAAUGACACUUUCUUCGUUGUUACAUGGAGCACAAGCAUAUAUUCACCAGGAAUUCUUCUGAUAGAUCCCAAAGGAAAGAAGUACAGCCACAACAACUUUGUCAUUGAUAAUACAAAUGUCCGAACAGCUCGACUCAGUAUUAGUGGAACUGCAGAGGUGGGAGACUGGGAGUAUUCAUUUCAGAAUACACAUUCAAAAGAGCAAAUCAUAUCAAUAACGGUAACCAGUCGAGCAGCAUCUGUAUCUGUGCCUCCAGUUCUUGUGAAGCCCUAUAUGAAUCAAGAUAACAAUAGAUAUCCUAAUCCAAUGGUCAUAUAUGCAGAAAUCAGCCAAGGUUUCUUACCUGUUAUUGGUGCAAAUGUCACAGCCAUAGUUGAAGAUGAGAAAGGAAAAACUGAAGAACUUGAGCUUUAUGACAAUGGUUCAGGUGCUGAUAUUCUCAAGCAUGAUGGAAUCUACUCAAGGUAUUUCACAUCAUUCACACAGGAUGGUAGAUACAACUUAAAAGUGCGUGUCCAAGGGAAAGACAAGGAUGUCAGACUGGUCCCUAGACAGAGUCAAGCACUCUAUAUACCAGGUUUUGUGGAAAAUGGUGUAAUAAAAAUGAACUCACCAAGACCUGAAGCUACCGAGGAUGAAAUCCAAGCAAACCUAGGAAGUUUCAGCAGAGUUGCAUCUGGUGGUUCUUUUGUGGUAUCAGGAGUUCCUAAUACAAAACCCCCAGAUGUCUUUCCACCCUGUCAAAUCACUGACCUCGAGGUGGAGCUAGCUGCCGAUGAUGAUGAAUUCCUUUUGUCAUGGACAGCUCCUGGGAAUGACUAUGAUGUCGGACAAGCUGAACGAUAUGAAAUAAAAAUGAGUGAAAAUCCCUUGGAAUUAAGAGAUACAAGUUUUGAUAGUGCCACUUCUGUGAACACUACUGGACUGACAGUGGAAGUCGCUGGGGUUAAACAAUCUUUUCAGUACAAGUCGGAAAAGUUAACGAAAGAAAAUGGCUCCUCCAUCUACUUUGCCAUUCGUGCCAUUGAUGGCAGCAACAAUGCUGGGAAACCAUCUAAUGCAGCAAGAGCAGUUGUGGUUUUUUCCACAUUGCCAACUACUCCCAUUUCUUCAACCACUUCCACUGCUCACAUAACUUCCACUAAUGUGAAACCCACUGGUGCUAAUGAUCCUGAGAGCAGUGUGAUAAAUGACACAACCAAAAUCGUGAUCAUUGUAUGUGCUUCUGUGAUCAUUAUUUGUGUUAUUGUAAGUAUAACCAUCUGUGUUGUACAUAAGCGAAGAAACAGAAGUCCCCAGACUGGAAUGUAAUACAACUACAAUGUUGGAGGAGCAUCUAAUAUAGCAAAGGCAGUUAUGAUUGUUUCUCCAUUACUUGGAGCUACAAGUCCAAACAACAUUUAUACCACUCCUUCUAAUGUAUAAUUCUAUUCCUAACACUUGUGAUAAUAGUAUGUACCUCUGCAGUUAUUAUUUGUGCAUUUGCAAAUCUAACAGUGAAGAUACCGAAGCCCUAGAACUUCUGAGACUGGAAUGUAAUAAUUAUAUAUUAACUUUUAGGAGUCAUUUAUCCUAAAUUAUACAAUGGAGAAAGAGAGUAUAUUCCUCUUUCUCCAUUGUGUAAUUAUAUAAUUAGUUACAUGAUUUUAAAUAGAACGCCUUCUGUAUCUGAUUAUGGUUUAUUUCAUGGUUUCCAAAAAUUCUAAAUGGUAAUGUAUACACACAAAGCUUGAAUAAUAGAUUAAUAUUAUCUAUUGUAAACAAUGAAAGGUAGAUUACAUUAUUAUUGUAUGUUCAUACCCUGUAACAUUUCAUAGAUGAAAAGAAACACAUCUGUGUUCAAUAAGACUUACUCCCAGGUUAGUGAUUGCAGCCUAAAAUAGAUUAGAAUCCCUGAUUCACCUAUAAAAAUGCACUAUAAAAGUUGUAUUGCCUUCUUACUUUUUGACAGCAGCGCACAAACUGGUAAGGGGAGAAUGGUGAAAAAUUAUUAAAGAAGAAGAUUCCAUGGAGAAGACUGGAACAAUUUUAUUUAUGUUUUCUGAUAAAAGGAAAGAAAAGUGGUCCACCGUCACCAUGAUUAGGAUACUGUGCUAUGGACUCCCCCUCUCUCAUGUCAUGCCCUAAGCAGCCAUCUUACAUACACAAGCCCAUACACAAAUAAUCUCUUAACUUCAACUGGUAGGUUGAUUUGAAGAGGUGCUAACUGAGGGGCUCAUGCUACAUGGCUGACAUGAAGAACUGCACCAGGGCCGGAUCUUAUUGGUGGGCUGCCCUCUCUCCCUGUUAAGUUUCAAAAAAGAAAUCAACCACCUGGUUACCAAAACUGCCAAUUAAGGAUCUUAGAAUUGUAGCGUUCUCCUCUAAAGUUUCAGUAUCACCUUAUCUACGCUCACACACUUAUAAUUGAUGCAAUGCUCAGAACCGG